AUGGAUGAUGUUAAGAAAAGAAGAAGGUCGAGGUGGGGAGAUGCAGAGAAAAAAGAAGAAGACAAAGAAGGAGAUAUAAAUAAUAAUAAUAAUAAUAAUAAUAGUAAUAAUUUUGAGAAUAUAAAUAAUAAUAUCAAUAUAUUAUUAAAUAAAAAUAAUGAGAUACCAAUAAAUAAGAAUAAUAGUAUUAUGAAUAUACCUGUGUCAAGUUCUUUGCCAUAUAAUAAUUUAAAUAAUUCAAUAUUUUCUUCUAAUAUCCAUUUGAAUAUUUUAAAAGCUACUGAAGCAGCUAGAUUGGCUAUAGAAAAAGUAAAGAAAGCUAGUCGAUUUAAAGAGAAUGAUAAUAUAAAUAAGAAUAGAAGAAGACUUGAUUUUAUUCCUAAACCUUUAAUGUUCGAUGAACAAGGUAGAGAAGUUGAUGAUGAAGGUAAUGUUAUAAAUAUUAAACCUAUUACCUUCUCAACAUUAAAAGUAAAUAUGAAUAAGUUAGAUGAAGAUAAUAUAUUAAAAAAAAAAAAUGAUGAUGAUAUUAUUAUAAAUAAGAAUCUUAAUAUUGAAAAUAUUAAUAAUGAUAUAAAUAAAGAAAAUUCUUUAUGGUUCGAUAAUAGAAUUAAAAAUGUUUCUAAAAGAAAAGAAAAAAAAAGUGGAUUUUUUAAUUUUAUAACACCAGGCUCUUUUAUCAAACAUGCAAGUAAUAAACAAUAUAAUAAUAAAGCAUUAAUGAAUUUUGAUUUAAAAAAAAUUAUGGAAGAAAAAAAAAAAGUACAAUCUUUUCAAGAACUGUCUUUAAAUUUUCUAAAUAAUAAUGUCAAUGAAAAUAUAAACCCUAAUAUGAUUAAUAUAAAUAAUAAAAAAAAAAAAGAUGAUAGCAUUUCUAAAUUUGAAACAUGGGAUCAUAACCAAAGAUAUGAUAUUUUAGAAUAUUGGGAUAAGGAUUUAUUUAUAUUAAUAGAACAUAUGUAUUUAAAGAAUGAAAAUAAUGUUGAUUAUAUAAAUGAAUUUAUAAAAACAGAAAAACAAACAUGGGAAGAUAAAAAAGAAUAUAUAAUAAAUAAUAAAACGAAUAAUAUUGAUAAUAAUAUAAAUGACAAACAUAAUAAUAAUAAUAGUAAUAUUAAUAGUAAUAUUAAUAGUAAUAUUAAUUUGUGUAGUUCUUUAUUAACACAUGAAGAACAUAUCCAAUUAAAUAACUUAUUAAUAAAAUGUGAUGUUUUAUUAUUAUUAAAUGAUAAUAAAAAAAUAAAAUCACAUAAAAAUAAUAUAUAUAUGCUUAUAGUUAAUAAUUUGUUAUAUAUUAUAAAUUUUAAUUAUAUCAAUCAUUAUAUUGAACACCCAGUCUCUUUGAAUGAAGACAAAAAAGGAAAUGAUGAUGAUAAUAUAAAUAUGACACAUAUGUUUUUAACACCUCAAGAAAGAAAAAAAUUAAGAAAAAGAAAAAGACAAGAAAAAGAAAGAGAGAAACAAGAUAAAAUAAGAAUAGGAUUAAUGCCUCCACCGCCACCAAAAAUGAAAUUAUCAAAUUUAAUGAGAGUCAUGGGUGAAAGUGCAUUAGCUCAACCAUCAAAAACAGAAUAUGCAGUCAGAGAACAAAUGAAAGAAAGAGAAUUAAGACAUUUUGAAGAAAAUCAAAAAAGAAAACUUAAACCAGAAGAAAGAACUAAAAAAAAAAUUAAUAAAUGGAAAUCAAAUUCAGAUGAAGAAAAUGAUGUUCUAUUAAUAUAUAUUACUAAUUUAUCUAAUAAAAAACAUAUCUUUAAAAUUGAUAUUAAUGCACAACAAUUACAUUUAACAGGUGUAUGCUUUAUGACCGUUUUAUAUAAUUUUAUAAUUGUAGAAGGAAAACAUGUAUCUAUAGAAAGAUAUAAAAGAUUAAUCUUUAGAAGAAUCAAAUGGAAUGAAGAAGAAUAUGAUGACGAGCAAAAUGAUAAUGAAGACAAUCAUAUUAUAAAUACAAAUGAAAAAAAUCAACCACAAUUAAAUCCUAUAAAUAAUAACAUCAACCAGCAAGACAACAACGACAAUAACAACAACAACAUAUAUCAUGAUAAUCAUGAUAAUAAUGAUAAUAGUUUAUAUAAUCAUCAUUCACAAUGUAGUUUAAUAUGGAAUGGUGUUGUAAAAAAAAAAAAUUUUAAAAACUGGAAAAUGAUUGUUGCAAAAACAGAAAUGGAAGUAACAGAUUAUUUAAGUCAACAUGAUGCAUUGCAUUAUUAUCAUAUUAUAAAGAAACAUAGAUCAGUUCUUGAGCACAUUUAA